AUGUCGGCGAGAGUCGCACCCGGCAGCUCCUCCUUUGCCGAACCACCUACCAUUGUCUCUCCCGCUGCCGACCACGAUGGCAUGCGAGGCCGCAAGAGGGAGCGAAGCAUGACCCGUGGCGGCAACGUCCGCUCAAUCCGCUGUGCGCCCUCGGAUGAAUCGAGCACCCUCCGAGGACGUUCUCGCCGCCGCGCAGUGUCCCCCUCUCUCGGCUACACAUCACGGGCCUCGUCCCCGAGGAGGGUUCUGUCGCCAACCAGGCGAAGACUUCUCCACGCCAGGCUCCGCCGCGAGCACUGUCCCUCCCGCGUUGCCUCUCCCAUCGAGCAGCAGCGUCCCUUCCGGCGGCGACAACGGACACGGAGCCGAAGUCGGGGACCUCGGCUGGAGAUGGAGCUCGAGGCGGCCCGACAGGCCGAUGUCCUGUCCGGUCUGCGGAACGAGGUCCGAGCCUCUUCCUCUGACGAGAAGGAAGAGGGCAAAACCGACGAAUAA